CCGAGCCUCCGAAGGCAGUCGACUGGGAGGCGACCGCCAUGGCCACCGGCUCCGGCUGCGUCCCCGGCGCUCUGCGCUUGGUUUCGUGGCGAGGACAGUCCUCGUCCUCCUCCUCCUCCCGCGCUCUGGUUCGUCUCCGCCCGCGCGUCGCCUCGUUCGCUGCCCCGACUCGUCCUCUCCAUCGCGCCCUUCCUCCAGCUCCCGCCCCGCACAUGACGCUCCGUGCUCCUCUUCCUCCUGCGAGGUGCCAGGCCCCCGCAACUCCGGAGUCGCCCUUGGAGCCGCCAAGCCUCUGGCAAAAGGUGCUGCAGGCGUGUAAGCGGGUCUCCUGGAAGCACCUUACUUCACUGGCUCUGCUUAUUGGCUGCAUAGCAGUAGGUUACUUUGGAAACAAAGGGGACCCACGAGCCUUGCUGAUCAUUGAUAUACUUGACAAAGCAAAUAAAACAUACAAGCCUAGUCUGGAGUUUGCAGUUUUACUCAUAGCAGUUUUGGCUUCUCUCUCCUCGAGGUAGACGCAGAUGAUCGCUCAGGUUUCAUACAAGCCUAAUCUGGAGUUCGCAGUUUUACUCAUAGCAGUUUUGGCUUCUAUCUCCUCGAGGUAGACGCAGAUGAUCGCUCAGGUUUUUUUGGGUACAUGUUUUGGACAGCAGGAAGUAAGUGGUACAGUUACUGAGUCUUACCAAAUCCAUUUCUAGAAGUACAGGGUGAAGAUUCCCACCGGUUUUAUCAGAAAUGGAUUGGUUGCACAUACGGCGAUGCCGACUUGACUAAUAGCACUAGUUAUGGACUUCCUCAAAUUGCUUUAUCUCAUUACAUCAUUGUACCAGAUGCACCAGGCGUGCGUGCACCUUCUCGUUAUUCACGCUUUAUGCCGUUUCCUUUGAGGUGGAAAUGUCAUGUUUUUCGGUGUUCACUGUGAACGAUGUUAUCUGCUGUGAAUGAUGAAUCAUUAUGCUGUAAAGUUCAAAAUGUAUCACCAUCAA